UCAGGGCCUUGCCACCUAGCAGGCUUCAUUUACGACAGCGGUGUAUAGCGAUCACACCAGGGGAAGAAGCGGAGUUUCACAUCAGCCGAGGAAGGAAAAAGACCACGUCAAUGCUUCAUUCUCAAGAUGUGCCUUUGCUCAUUGUCGCCAAGUUUCACCGCUAGCUUGGCUCUGUGCCACGUGGCUGAGACCACACCGGACAGAUGGCCGUUGAUCGCACACCGCAGCCCGCAAUAUGGCAUUCAUGCCCCUCAACAGCACCGUUGCAAGGUCUUUUGUUGUUCGACUUUUCUUAUGAUACCCACUGUUGUUUGGUCUGUGAGGCGUCCACCUCAUCGUUAGGGGAGGCCAUGUGAGAUUUGAAGGGAAGGAACUGGAUUGGUUUUCGGAGUCA